UCUUCUUGUAGGUACGGUGAUUCUAGGGUUGCAUCCCCUGCUCCGAUUGAUUCCGUUUGAUCUAUUAUGCGUCUCUAUUUGCUUGCAUUUGUGAUUCGAUUAGGUCGUCUUCAUCUAUUUGCCGAUUUUGACUGUGAUUCCAUUCUGUUUUCUGGAUGAUUUAGUUCAAGCGGUUUCGUCGAACUCGUCCGCGGCGACGACACCACUCCCUCCUCCGCCGGGGUGCGCUUGCGCCAGGACUCCGCCGGGGCGCGCUUGCGCUAGGAGCCUGCGGCGGCGAGGUGCUGCGCCAGGAGCGCAGGGUGCUACUGCGAUGGCAAGGAAGAGAUCUAGGGAUUUUAUUGACAUUGGUAGCACACACGAAUCUGAUGGUGAUGAAAUUGAAGAUAUCUCUGAUUCUGUGCCUGACAGUGAGAGUAAUGGUUUUUCAAGACUCUGAAUAUCAAUCUUCCAGUAGUGAUGAAAGAAUCAAAAUUGCUGCCUACAAGGAAGUUCUUAAGAAUUACAAUGAACUCAAGAUUUUGAAGAAGAAGCUUGCAAAGACUAUAACUCAUGAGGAGGCAAAGAAACAUAAUUCUUCUACAAGACCCAAAGAAGUUUUUACUAGAUUUUCGGUUACCAGCUUCUCAUCUGUUUUGGAAUCUCUUUCGGCUGAUGAUCGCAAAGUUAUUGAUAAAUAUGGAUUGGGUUCUCUUUUGUUGUUUGAAAAGUGUUUUGUUCCUAACAAGUUCAUCAAGUGGGUAGCACAACUAGUGAAUUAUAGGUCAGCUGAUAUAGUUUUUGAUGGCAAGGUUAUCUCUCUUAAAAAAGAAUCUGUUCAUUUGGUUCUUGGCCUCCCAAUUGGUGCCACACCUUUUCCUUCUGAUUCGUCCAGUUGUAAAGCUAUUGUCUUGUCAAUGUUUGAGAAGCAGUCCAUUCCUGCAGUGUCCUUUUUUGCCAACAAAAUCACCAACCAUGAAACAAAGUCUGAUGAAGAGUUGGUUACCUGUUUUGCUCUUGUUGCUCUGAGCAGUUUUCUCUGUGCUAACACUUCAAAUGUUCCAUGCUAUCAAUACUUUGGUAUUUUUGAGAAUAUUGAUAAUCUCAAAGAGUUUGAUUGGUGUGGAUAUAUUUUGGAUUGGUGUGGAUAUUACAUUAAUUAA